AUGUUGAAUCAAACGUCGACUGAAGCACUGCUAUCAGCAGCUUACGUUGAGAAUUACUUGGAUAUCGUUGAUAAUCUUCCAAAUGAUUUGCAACGACAUUUAUCGCGUAUGCGAGAAUUAGAUGUAACAUACAGAGAAUGUCUGAGAGAUGCAGAGGCACACCUAGCAGUAUGUAUUGGUCUUAAUACAGAAGAAAGAAGGCGUGGUAGGGCAGCUCUGAGAUUACAAGCCGCCCUUGUUGCAGCACAAGAAAUAGGAGAUGAAAAACUGCAAGUUGUUCAACUUUUGCAGGACCUAAUUGACAACAAACAAAGAUGCCUAGAUGCAGAUCAUAAAAAAUUGGUGUCAUGUUUAGAAGUCAAAACAAAUGGGGCUGUAAAAGAGGAGCCAACACAAAACACAGAGACCAGAUCAAUUGAGAAAGAAACUAACUCACUGCAGACACAGCAGCAGACUGUACCUCCACCACCACCUGAGCGGAAUACUGAAAAAGAUAAGGAUAAGUCUGAAAAAGAGAAAGGAGGUGAACGUUGGUCAAAGAGAGCUCGCCGGUCCCGUACAACAGCAGGUGCUGCUACUGAUGGAGCUGACUCCAGCGAAAGAGAUAGUGAGCGACACACUCACAGCACUCAUAAGAAAGGUAUAGGCAAGAAGAAAAAACGUAAAGCGCGUCAAGCAGCUCAGCGUUCUGAGACACCACCUGAAGAAACCGACGCCAUAGACCCUGAUGAGCCACGGUACUGUCUGUGUGAUCAGAUAUCUUUUGGAGAAAUGAUUCUUUGUGACAAUGACUUAUGUCCUAUUGAGUGGUUCCAUUUCUCAUGUGUGUCCCUCACAACAAAACCAAAAGGCAAGUGGUUCUGCCCAAAAUGCCGAGGAGACAGGCCAAACAUCAUGAAGCCCAAGGGACAAUUUCUAAAGGAGCUUGAAAGGUAUAAUCGAGAGAAAGAAGAAAAAGCAUAG